AUGAAGCAUAUCCUCACACCCCAGGAAUAUGAUCACUUCCCGAACCUCCAUAAAUUCUGGACAAAGACUGGAUUUUGCUGUAGCGGGAAAACCCGCAUUCAUCAGGUCGAAUUUCUUCUUGACGGUCCUCGCUUUCGUAGCAAUAUCCAGCUGGGCGACCCCGACCCCAACACAACUCAAGUCUUCAUCAUUGAGCAGCCUGAUAUAGCCACAUUGCGCUGGUUUUGGGACAAUGCCAUACCGGACAAACACUCUUUUCUGCGAUGCCUCGACGACUUCUUCCAUGAUCAGCCGUCUUUCAACUUUACCGAUAUACGGCCAAAGAUACUACAAAUGCCGUCCGUACUCGCAAAGCAAAGCCACCUGACAUUCAGUUACGUACUCGCACGGCAGUUCGACAAACCCCUGCGUCUAGACUAUUCCAUGAUCCAGAAGGCCGCCAAAGAUUUUGGGACGUGGCGGGACGACCGGGAUUUUGGUCCGAUGAAUCCGGUGCAGCGUCGCGAACUUGGGGGGGAAACGACCACUUUUGCGCCUCUGGCCCUUACACGUACCUCGGCCACGGCUUGGUUUGACAGCCAUCCAGAUCGGCCAUGGAGACUUGGCAUUAUUUUUUUGGACAGACACCCGGAGUUCUGGGGUCUGCCGUGUCAGUUGCAGGUCCCAUUUGCCAUCAUCAACGGCCGAUACUACGGGACCAUUCAUACCCGCUCUCCCGCCGACCUCUUACUAGAAUGUAUGAAGCAAAACGGCGCUCUCAAUUCGGCCACAGCUCCAGCGCCGCUGGUCGUCGUAGAAGACUUGUACAGGCUCGUCACGCAUGAGUGGGCGCAUCUCGCUGCCUACUUUACGCGGGACCUCAAUGCCAUUGAGUGGGCAUUGCAGCGCGGCAGCGGCACGGAUGAAAACGAAGUAGAGCACCUCCGCCACGCCAUGCGCGACAUGUUCUUCUCCCGCCGGCGCAUGUCCCACUACUGCUCCCUCAUCAAGCACAGCGCAGAGUCGGCGGCCAUCCUGGGCCGGCCGGCGUGGUGCGCGGCGCAGAACUCUACGGAGGCGCAGCGGCUCGCGACGAAGCAAACCGCAGCUGACUUGCAGGAGGAUCUCGGCGCACUGGAGCACACGAUGACGCAGAUCCAUCUACGUUUGCAGAGCACAAUGACACACAUCACGGCAGAGACGGCAGUCAUGGAGGCCGACCGCACGCGCGUGCAAAACAAAAUCUUGCUCGUGCUUGCGAUUAUCGGCACCAUCUUCCUUCCCGUCUCUUCACUGGCAGCCAUAUUCAGCAUGGGCGGUGCGUGGGCAGUCGGCGAGCGAAACUUUGGCUUUUUCUGGGCUAUCUGCGGUCCGGUCGAGGGUGUGCUUCUGGGCCUGUUGCUUGCUGUGAGCUAUUGGGACAUUCAUCUCUAA